AUGGCUUCUCUCGGCACUAGUAGCAAUGAAAUGCCGAUUAACCAUAUUGAGAUUCUCAUACACUCUAAUGAUAUAGAAGCAAAACCUAACCAAGAAAUGGAAGAAAACAAUAUUGAGAACUCUCAAAGGGAACAGUGGCUUGGAGCAGCUGUGUUUGGAGUCAAAACUGGGUUGGCCUUAACCACCUUACUGAUGAUGGCCGUUGAAGCUUUGAAUGAAGACAUCAUAGCCAUGCUUCUAGCUGGUUUCUCAGGACUAGUUGCUGGGGCUUGGAGUAUGCAAAUUAAAGCGUUUGUAUCGGUAGACACAGAGGUGGCUCAAAUGAAAGUCCACCAUAUCAAUCACAAGGAAGUGGAUGAGGAUGAUAGACUUCUUAACCCGUUUCAAGCUUCCUUAGCAUCAGCACUUGGAUUUUCUAUUGGUGUUAUGGUGCCACUACUAGCAGCUGUUUUUAUAAGGGACUAUAAGAUCAGGCUGCUAGUUAUUUCUGUGGCUAUCUUGGCAUUGUUGGUAUUUGGAGGGAUAGGAGCAGUACUGGGUAAAAGUAAAACACCAGUGAGAAGGACUAGUGAUAGUGGUGAUUGGAGGUUGGAUGACUAUGGCUAUUAUAUUUGGCUUUAA